GGCUAAAACCCAUGCCCCCGUCCCCUGCCAAGCUCAACCCACACAGACAAACCCUAGCAAUGGCGGCGGCCAACCUCCUCUCCCGCUCCCUCCUCCCGUCGCUUAACCCUAACUCCGCCACCCGCUCAAGCAGCAGCAGCCCUGCACUUGUCUCCCUGCGCCGCCAUCACGGACGCUCGAACCCCCUAUGUGCCUCCCUCUCCACCGCCUCCCCGUCCCUGCGGCCGGAGGCGGCAGCCUCGGGGGAGGCGCCCAAGCGCUGCUUCCGGCGCGGAGACGACGGGCACCUGUACUGCGAAGGGGUACGGGUGGAGGAGGCGAUAGCGGCCGCCGAGCGGACCCCCUUCUAUCUAUACAGCAAGCCGCAGGUCGUCCGCAACUUCACCGCCUACCAAGAAGCCUUGGAGGGGCUCCGCUCCAUCGUGGGGUAUGCCGUCAAGGCUAAUAACAACCUCCGCGUGCUGCAGCUCCUGCGGGAGCUCGGAUGUGGCGCCGUUCUUGUCAGCGGCAACGAGCUCCGCCUUGCACUCCGGGCAGGAUUUGACCCUACCAGGUGCAUAUUUAAUGGAAAUGGAAAGACAUUAGAAGAUCUUGUUUUAGCUGCAGAGAGUGGAGUAUUUGUAAAUAUAGACAGUGAAUUUGACUUGGAGAAUAUCGUCACUGCUGCAAGAGUUGCAGGAAAGAAAGUGCCUGUUUUGCUCAGAAUAAAUCCAGAUGUGGAUCCACAGGUUCAUCCUUAUGUUGCCACGGGAAACAAAACAUCCAAAUUUGGAAUUCGCAAUGAAAAAUUGCAAUGGUUUUUAGACUCCAUCAAAUCAUACCCAAAUGAUAUUAAACUGGUGGGUGUUCAUUGCCAUCUUGGGUCUACCAUUACAAAGGUUGAUAUAUUUAGAGACGCUGCAGUUCUUAUGGUGAACUUUGUUGAUGAAAUUCGAGCACAAGGUUUUGAGUUGGAGUACCUGAAUAUUGGAGGUGGCUUGGGGAUAGAUUACGAGCACAAGGAUGCAAUCUUGCCUACACCAAUGGAUCUUAUCAACACAGUGCGAGAAUUGGUUCUCUCGCGAGAUCUUACUCUUAUCAUUGAACCUGGAAGAUCCUUGAUCGCUAAUACUUGCUGCUUUGUUAAUAAGGUCACUGGUGUUAAAACUAAUGGUACAAAGAAUUUCAUUGUGGUUGAUGGCAGCAUGGCAGAGCUCAUCAGGCCUAGUCUAUAUGGAGCGUAUCAGCAUAUCGAACUGGUUUCUUCUCCGUCUCCAGAUGCAGAAUUAGCAACCUUUGAUAUUGUGGGGCCAGUUUGUGAAUCUGCAGAUUUCCUUGGCAAAGAUAGGGAGCUUCCAACACCUGACAAGGGUGCUGGCCUGGUUGUCCACGACGCAGGAGCUUAUUGCAUGAGCAUGGCUUCCACCUACAACCUGAAGCUGAGACCACCUGAAUAUUGGGUAGAAGAAGAUGGGUCCAUCGGUAAGAUCAGGCAUGCGGAGACAUUUGAUGAUUACAUGAAGUUCUUCGAUGGUCUCUCUUCCUAGUUCUCCAUUUGUUGGAGGCAUGCUGUGUGGAUUACUUGUAUGGCUGUAGUGGAACGUGAAUGCAUAAUGUGAUGCAAAUUGUUGUAGUACAAUCAGGGGAUCGUCUUAUUGUGCACCUUUUUUCUGCCAUAUGCCAGUCCUGUUACCUAGCCGCAAUAAAAAAAUAAAGUCAGCGGCUUAGAGAAUAAAUUCGCCCUUCUCAUAUCCAUUUAUGAAA